ACGGGGUGGAGCGCCCCUAGCCCGGACUCCGCCUCCUCCCCCUCCCUUCACCUCUGGGGAGGAGUGGGUGGGUGGGGACUCUGUGAGGUGGCGAAGACACUGUCGUCGUAGCUGGUCUGCUGAGCGGACAAAACCCCUGGUGCCCCGGGGAGGGGCGUCACCAGGGAAAGGAGGAGCAGUAAGAGGAGGGAGGUAGAAGGGAAGAGAGAGGCUCUCUGCUUAAGACCUCUCGAGGCUCUGACCUCAGGGACUAAGGAAGCCAGUUUCUUCCACCUGUGCUGCCUGAAGAGGCCACGACCCUGGAGGAUCCUAAGCUAACUGAUCCAGGGGCCCCAGCACCACCCCGGGGUUCCAAAGCAACAGUCUCAGGGAUCACUUCAAGGUUUCCAGUUGCCUAGACAACGAUCCCUGGGUUUGAGCUACAACCCUUCCAGCAUCUGGCCUCAACUGCAGCCUCGGGCAGCAGUUCCAGCCCUCUGCCUGCCCACCAAUCCAGGUGACAUGCCGGUGCUCUCCACUCCGCGACCCUCACGGGCUACCACGCUGAAGCGCACAGCUGUGGUCCUGGCCCUCACAGCUUAUGGAAUCCACAAAAUCUACCCUCUAGUACGGCAAUGUCUGACUCCGGCCAGAAGCCCUCAGGUUCUAGCUGGGGAGCCCACACAAGAGGCCUCUGGGGCCACCGCAGCCAAGGCUGGCAUGAACCGGGUAUUCCUGCAGCGGCUCCUGGUGCUCCUGAGGCUGCUGUUCCCCCGAGUCUUGUGCCGGGAAACAGGGCUACUGGCCCUGCACUCUGCUGCCCUGGUAAGCCGAACUUUCCUGUCUGUGUAUGUUGCCCGCCUGGACGGCAGACUGGCCCGCUGCAUUGUACGUAAGGACCCGAGGGCCUUUAGCUGGCAACUGCUGCAGUGGCUCCUCAUCGCCCUUCCUGCCACUUUCAUCAACAGUGCCAUCCGCUACCUAGAAGGCCAGCUGGCCCUGUCUUUCCGAAGCCGUCUAGUAGCUCAUGCCUACAGCCUGUACUUUUCCCAGCAGACUUACUACCGAGUAAGCAACAUGGAUGGACGGCUUCGAAACCCUGACCAGUCUCUGACAGAGGAUGUGGUAACCUUCGCUGCCUCUGUAGCCCACCUAUACUCCAACCUGACCAAGCCACUCCUGGAUGUGGCUGUGACCUCCUACACUCUCCUUCGUGCUGCCCGCUCCCGAGGAGCUGGCACAGCCUGGCCCUCAGCCAUUGCUGGCCUGGUGGUGUUCCUCACAGCCAAUGUGCUUCGAGCCUUCUCUCCUAAGUUUGGGGAGCUGGUGGCAGAGGAGGCAAGGAGGAAGGGGCAACUGCGCUACAUGCACUCUCGAGUGGUGGCCAACUCAGAGGAAAUUGCCUUCUACGGGGGUCAUGAGGUGGAACUGGCACUACUACAGCACUCCUAUCAAGACCUGGCUUCACAAAUCAACCUCAUCCUGCUGGAACGCCUAUGGUAUGUCAUGCUGGAACAGUUCCUCAUGAAAUAUGUGUGGAGUGCAUCUGGCCUGCUCAUGGUAGCUGUCCCCAUCAUCACAGCCACUGGCUAUGCAGAGUCAGGGAGGAGCAGCCUUGCUAGGCCACAGAGGAAGACAAUGCAGCCAGUCCUGGAGAUACCUGACUCAGAGACCAUGAAGAAGGCAGCAUUGGAAAUGAAGGAGGAGGAGCUGGUUAGCGAACGCACAGAAGCUUUCACCAUUGCCCGAAACCUCCUCACAGCUGCUGCGGAUGCCACCGAGAGGAUCAUGUCAUCCUACAAAGAGGUGACAGAGUUGGCUGGCUACACGGCCAGGGUGUACGAGAUGUUCCAAGUAUUUGAUGAUGUCCAACACUGUCGUUUUAAGAGGACAGGAGAUCUAGAAGAGGCUCAGGGUGAGCCUGGGGCCAUAAUACAGUCUGAUAUCCAUGUAGAGGGGCCCCUGAAGAUCCAAGGCCAGGUGGUGGAUGUGGAGCAGGGGAUCAUCUGUGAGAACAUACCCAUCAUCACACCCACAGGAGAGGUGGUAGUGGCCAGCCUUAACAUCAGGGUGGAAGAAGGCAUGCACCUGCUCAUCACAGGCCCCAAUGGCUGCGGCAAGAGCUCUCUAUUCCGAAUCCUGGGUGGACUCUGGCCCACAUACAGUGGUGUACUCUAUAAACCCCCACCCCAGCGCAUGUUCUAUAUCCCUCAGAGGCCUUACAUGACCGUGGGCUCCUUGCGUGACCAAGUGAUCUAUCCCGACUCUGUGGAGGACAUGCGGAGGAAGGGCUGCUCGGAGCAGCAGCUGGAAGCCAUCCUGGGCAUUGUGCAUCUCCGCCACAUCCUGCAACGGGAGGGAGGUUGGGAGGCUGUGUGUGACUGGAAGGAUGUCCUAUCUGGAGGUGAGAAGCAGAGGAUUGGCAUGGCACGCAUGUUCUACCACAGGCCCAAGUAUGCCCUCCUGGAUGAGUGCACUAGUGCAGUGAGCAUUGAUGUGGAAGGCAAGAUCUUCCAAGCAGCCAAGGAUGCUGGUAUCGCACUGCUAUCCAUCACCCAUCGGCCCUCCCUAUGGAAGUACCACACACACUUGCUGCAGUUUGAUGGGGAGGGAGGCUGGAAGUUUGAGAAGCUGGACUCUGCGACCCGCCUGAGCCUGACUGAGGAGAAGCAGCGCCUGGAGCAGCAACUGGCAGGCAUCCCCAAGAUGCAAGGGCGCCUUCAAGAACUCCGCCAGAUCCUUGGCGAGGCUGCAGCCCCAGUUCAGGCCCUGGUCUCCUGACUGGGCACCUUCCCCCAGCCUCCACCCUUCUCCAGGCUCUCAGAUUAUAUGAAGGAAGCUGCAACUCCUACCUGCCCUGCAUGUCUUCUCCCAAGCCUCCUAGCCAGUUAUGUGACUUCUCUGAAGGUCCCACUCUUAAGCAAGUAGAUAUGAAUAUGACACUCUACUUCCAACUCCCAGCCCAUCUUUCACUCUAGGGUCUGCACCAUGAACUGUGCCCUGUUCCGGGCAAUGUGUCCUUUACUUUUCUCUGGGGAAGGGUGGAAGGUUUGGAAGUCUUCAAUCCUGACCCUACACCAGCAUGGCUGAGCCAUAGGAAGUAAGUAGGAGCUGCCCCCCUACUGCCAACAGCCAGAAUAUGUGACAAGCCUGGUGGUUAUGGGUUACAUCCCUCCUGAAACCCAAAUCCUCAUCAUUCCUUUAUUCCAUCCCUUUGUUGCCAUCCCCUAGGGUGGCCAGCCAAUACCCCUGUCCCACAGGACACUGCCGCCCCCCCACCCUGCCUGUGUGCCAUGUUCUGCCAAAUGGGGCCCAAGAUCAGACAGGGCCCAAAUUGUGCCCUUCCCCAUUGUAACCCCAAGAAUGACAGUGUUCUUCCUGAGUGAUGAGAAGAAUGUAGCCCUGGCCCUCCGACUCUUCUACCUUCUACAACCUAAUUUAUUGGAUUCCCAGUUUAUAGAUGUCUGCAUUGUCAACAUGAACACCCUGCCAGCACAAGAGGUGACUGGGUGGACCCUUCAAUCUACCCAGCCUCUGGUGCCAAACCUGGCCCCUCACCAGCCUACACUGCCAGUUGCCACUGGGGUUGUCCUCUGCCAGCUAAGCAGGAGUGAGGGCACCAUGUUCCCAGCUCAGUGCCAAAGAGGGGUCACAGGAGGUGUUGUGUCUGCUAAGCCAGCCCUCACCAAGAGGAAGACCCCCCCCCACUGCCACUGUGUGCCUUUCCUGGGCCCUCAGCCCUCUGGCUGGGGUGCCCCUUCAGUCCUCAGUAAAAACCUUUGGAAAACA